AUGACGACACAAGGGAACGCCGCGAGUGCAGAAGCUGAAAAGCUCAUUCAACGCAACCCGCAUGGUGAUUUCAAAAAAGUCGAGGCAGGUCGAGAUGCCUACCCGGCGCGUCCAUGGCAGCAAUUCCAAACACCUCAGCCGGAUUGGCAGCCUGGCGGUGGUGCCAACACGCUUGCUGGUGAUUGGAAGACUAAGAAAAUCAUCGACAUUGAUCCCUAUGAGGAAGGACGACCGGCUGCGUUCAACUACAAGAUGCUCAUCUCUGCCAUCACGCCACGACCGAUUGGUUUUUUGAGUACGUGUAGCCAUGAUGGCUCGAAACGCAACUUGUCGCCCUUUAGCUACUUCCAAAUGGUUAACCAUGAUCCUCCCAUCUUUGCCGUUGGUUUCGCUGGUUCGAUUGAGCGUGCCAAGGACUCACUUCGGAACAUCAUCGAAACAAAAGAAGCCGUCAUCAAUACCAUUUCUGAUCAUUUCAUUGAAGCGGCCAAUUUCACAAGUAUCAAUGCACCGUAUGAGGUGAGUGAGUGGGCAUUGUCGGGCUUGACACCCCUUGCUUCCCACAAGGUGACACCACCACGCGUUCAUGAGAGUAUUUUUACGAUUGAAUGCAAGCUCGUUGAGCACAGAGAAUGGAAGAACCCUCAGGAUAAAGUGACGGGCGUAACAAUCUUCCUCGAAGGUGUCUUGUUCCAUGCACGGGAGGAUGCCAUCAAUCAGGAACGCAACUUGUUGGAUCCUGCAGUCUUGAGGUCGGUGAGCCGGCUGGGUGGUAUCACGUAUGCUACAUGUGUGGAUGGAUAUGAGCUGCCUCGACCUGACUUUGACAAGGAGCAGGCAGAGGGAAGACUGGAGGGCCUGAUUAGAGAGAAGUAG